AUAAAGACACACGUAGGGUUGAGAAGACAGAAGACAUAGACAGCAGGAAGAAAGAAGACUCCUUCUUUGUCUUGCAACUGCUUCUUAUACUCUUGUCUGCAGACAGAAACUUCUUUAACAUCUGGAAAACAACCUCCCUGCAGUGACUGCCUGCACAUUUUAGGAUUCAUUUUAAGAUUCCUGUUCCCCCGGGUCAGCUUAAGUGGAGAACAUGAAUGCAUCAGCAGUAUCUGAGGAUACUAAGCCCUAUCUAGCUGAAUUCAAGCAGAAGGAGAGCAGACAGUUCAAGAGCAAAGCUCCCAAACCUGGACAGAAAGGGUUUAACAACAUUCUGCCAGGGAUAGAUGGGCUCGAUGAUGCUGCAGUGAUCUGCCCCUGGGAGGAGUUUGUUGACGUAGAGCUGAGCAAUCUGGCUCAGUUUGGAACGGCCUAGAUCCCACGCAGAGCUGGAAGCACAUCCAGGAGGUGUCUGCUGAAGGAAAGGAAUGUGCUCUAGGCUGCAGGAGCUGUUUCAUCAACUGACUCUGCAGCAGUUGAGCGAUUGUUGGUUUUUUGAUUUAUUUUUCAGCCAAACUGUACUUUCAGAAACCCAUCUCACUCAAUCAUGUUUUUUUUUUAUUUAAUACACUGUGAUGAAAUACAGACAUGACAGAAAGUGUUACCAGAUUGUGCUGAAAUGUUCAUAUUCUGCUUCAAUAUAAAAACAAACCUUAAACCUGAAACAAAUCCUCACUCAUGUCUGUCACCUUAUAGUAAUGAUUGAUUAAACGCUUUGCAAAUGUCUGAAUAAACAUAAAAAUUUGUACAUAAA